UUUUAUUGUGACCAAUCAAAAUUGGUAAACGUGACUGCCGCGGGAGCAUCAAAUGCAAGAUUUUGCAGAGCUCAUAACUUUUCUUAAAACUUUCAUAUUGCCAGCAUGUUUGAGUCAAAUAUCGUAACAUUUAAUCUUUGCAGCAAUUAUUCCACGUACUCGGGAGCUAUACAACGGUCCCGUUGAAUCAUGACAGAAACCCUUGACAAGGAGGUGGAUUGAUUGCAAAUCUUAAGGAAGUGCUCAAGAUCUUUAGGAGGUAAUCAUGAGUGGACGCCAGUUUGUUGACACGCUAGUCCAGCUUGGCUAUCCCAAAGCUGAGAGCCUGGAUCCCCAAAGCUUUGAAUGGAUGUUUGAGGGGGACGGGGUGGUCUCCUUCCUCGACUGGUUCUGUAAUAAUGUCGGCACUACCAACAUACUCCAUCCUAAAGACAUACAGGAGUAUGAAAAACUGAGAGAUUCUGAGGAGGGUGUUUUACAGGGGAGUCAAUUAGAGGAGGCUUUACGAUCUGUCACAGUCGGGGAGGAGGAGGAUCUCACGGACGAUCAGCUGAGGAAAGUUAUAAGUCAAGCUGAACACGAUCUUGAGGUAAAGAAGAAGAGAAAGCAAGUUCUCAUUCAGAAGAGGAAUAAACUUAGUUUACAUCAGACAAGUCUUAGUCAUCGACUGUCCAAGGUCAGGAGUACAGAGGUCAAGGUCAAAUCACAGUUCAAACACCACAAGGAACAGUGCCGAACAGAUAAUACACAGAUGAAUGCCAACUUGGAGAAUUUGGUGCGGUCUGUCGAGGAGCUCCACAAUCUGUACAAGUGUGAUGGAAAGAAUAACGCGCCCAACUUCCUGUCCCAGCUUUCCCUCGAUGAAUAUGCGGAGGUAGAGGAGAAGUUCUCACAGGAACUAACAACUUUCACCAAAAAGCGGUUCUUUGAGGGUAUAUCUGAGAUAGCUGGUGAAGAGGAAGAAGUGUCAAGGUACCAGAUCUUGGAGAUCAGUGACCCUGACAGUCUGUUGAUCCGUGGAGAACGACAAGAAGUCAACCUCAGCGAGUGUAAGGAGCUGGCACGGAUACAGGACCUAUAUCCCAAGAGCGAGUCCAAAAGAAUUGAUGCCCUGAUGAAGAACAGAAUUGCAAGUCAGUGUCUGAAAUGUGCAGAGAAUUUGCUACAUUCCAUUCAAGCAGGACAGUUUGGAACCAACAUUCAUGAUAUUAAUAAGCAAUGUCAAGAGAGACGAGAGAGUGUGAGUCAGGUUGAUCGUGACCUUUACAAGCUCCGAGAGACUGACAUCCCGUCCCUUAUCAUGGAGAGUACAUCCUCCCAGGUGGCCAGGAUACUGACUGGUGACUACAACCUUAAACUGAGUCGACAGGACUACUUUGUGUCCAACCAGGACCAGGUGAUUAGUGAGCUGGUGAAACAGCGGUCAAGGAAUGAGUUCUUAACGAUGGCAUUUGAGGUGGAGACUCAAGGUCACCGUGACACACAUCGCCUGCUGACAGCCAUCCAACAGCAGCUACAGACACAACUACAGUCAUGGUCUAGUCGAAUGUCAAUGAUGGAUGAACCAACCCUGAGUGUUGCAAAAUACCAGCGAGGGACUGUGGACUCCAGGGACAAGUUUACAACACGGCUCCACCACCUGUUGGGUGACAGGGGUGGUAAAGGAGCUGAUCAGCUGUUCCUCACCUUCAAUGGUCUGGUAGAAGGUGCACGUCAGCUGAAGUCUGAAAGUGAUGCAGCUCAGCACACACUCAUAUCUACAGCCGUUCGACAUGACAGCAGGCUUAACCUACUGGAGAGCAACCUUACGACCUGUCUUGACCUUGUGUAUGCCGGCUCUAGUACAACUAGCGGUCAGCCAACACUGACCCCUAGACAACUGCUGGACUCUAUGACUACCCUGGAAAACCUGAUCAAGAAACUAGAACAGUCCAUCAAAGAUGUGGUCAAGGAAUUAGAGAGCAAGAAACAGACCCUGAGGAAUGACCCCCUGCUUCAUAAAGAAAGAAAGAUGUUCUCUUACUUCUUCAAUACCCCAGCCCAUCUGAAACAGUUAUUUGAUGAACUCUCAUCUCAGCUCCAGGCACACAGAGUGAACUGAAGGAAAUCAACACAACAGUGAUAUGACAUUGUGCAGUUAUUUCUAAAAAGUAAACAAUGAAACAGAGUGUGCCUUUAAGGUAGACACAGAGGUGUAGCUGCCAUGUUUGUUAGCCAGCAUUUCAAGGGGUAAAGAUAACACAAUUAUUAAUGACAAAAUGGUUCUGUCAACAUAGUUUAUAGAAAUCAUGAUCAUCAAAUUUCAAACUUGUUGUGUGGUGUUGUCCAUGAACAACAUCUGAAUCACGUUUCUUUUUACUCCCAAAUGAAGUAUUUUGAACUUGUCAUGAUGAUGAAAGGAGAUACGACAGUAGACUUCAUGGAUGCAAGGACUUCAGAUCAUGGUAACAUUAGUGGAUUGGUGCAAAGCAUUGGGUCAGUUCAUCGAGGCAUUCAACAGAAAUGUCUGAUACUGAUUUAGAUAAACAAUUGAAACAAGAAUGAACAAUUUGAGACUUUCUUGAUUGAAAAACAUUUUUUUGUGAUAUUCAACUGUAUUUAAUAUGUAUAACUGUUUAAUUGUUUCUGAGAAUAUCAUUGUAUAUGUGCUAUUCCACUUGUUAGGCCUUCCAGGUUAAUGAUAAACUCACUUUUAUUUAAUCAUUAGUUGUUCAUAAUUACAUGUAUGUUAUGUAAUGUAUAAACCAUUUAUGUAAGGAUUAGAUAUUCCUGAAAAAUGGAAAUUAUUAUGAAGUUGAUGAAAAGGUUGCAAUAAAUGUCUAGAUUAUCGGGAAAUUCAAUGACAAAAAAUUAUACGGUUAUUGUCUAUUGCUUAAUCUGAUUAAAUCCCGUUGUUAAAUCCACAAUAACCAAAGAGUCUUGUAGUGCAUCUUAAGUUUUACUUUCAAUCACAUCGUUGAUGUACCAAUUCUAUGAACACGAGACCAACACUUUAUUUUGACAGGUAAGCAUAUGAUCAUUUUGGAUGGGGAUCCAUUUCAGCUGUAAGAAUCUGUCCUCAACUUUAGGAGAAUCAUUUCAUUCUAGGAAACCAGGUUAGAUAUGUUUAAUUCUUUAAAACAACAUUAUCUUAAGAACCAUAAGGCUUAGAGUCAUGAUAUUUAACAAGUAGUUAUAUAGUGGUGAUGAAAAUGAAGGGCUACUUUUUAAGUUUUGUUCUUUUGUCCGAUACAAUUCCCAGCAUGACUGAUUAAGCCCAUGGACUUCUUGCGAUGUGAACAAGGUCAAAUUAUCCUGUUCAAUACCAAACUUUUGGUAAGCAAUCUUGUCAUGUCAUAUUCAAAUGUCAACACUUCUUAUUGGUAUCAGCAAAUAAGGCGUGCAAAACUCCAUUGUUCCCCAUGUUUAUGAACAAGAGGCC